AUGGCACCACAGCCUCUCGUAAAUCGUAUUGGUACACUUGUUCAGCACCCUCAAUUCACUUGGUGGUGCGGUCAUUGUAUCGUAUUUUUUUGUUUCAUUAUUCAUUUAUUCUACUGGAUCACUUUUCGUGCUAGUGAAGGUGCAAGCUUUUAUUACACUGCCUAUUUGGGUGCCAUGUUGAGUUAUGGUGUCGUGAUUUAUAAAUCAUUUGGUACACCAGCACCAACCUGGGAAUACUUUCAAAAGAUUAACAGAGACGAAAAUGUAUUUUAUCUUGUGCUGGCAUGCGUAUGGUUUAUGAAUGCGCAAGUAUUUGCAAAUGCUUCAAGAUUCAUUCAAAGUUGGGUUCAUAAAAAUUACGACAAAGCAAUGAGAACUGUUAGUUUUGUUGAGCAAGCGUUUUCGGAUGUAGCUCGAUUUUUAGAUGGGAUGCUAUUACCUUCAGCAAAUAACAGUAUUCAUCCUUACAUCGCAAAUUUGUAUCGACAGGCCAAAUCUGCAGUUAUUUGGGCUGGUCAAUUUCAGCCACAAUCUGGCCGGCAGACUUCAAAUUCACAAUCCGGUCGUUUUCAGUCGCGAGCAAACACGCACUAA